ACGAAAUGCAAUGUUACCUAUUGAUAAUCCUGAUGACUCUAAUGACUUUUGUACCAACCAGAAUUUUACUAUUCAAGAAAGAAUUGAUCAUCUGAUCAAUAAAUUACCCUGGUGUGACUAG